AUGGCGCCCUCGGCCACCGACACCGAGUGGGACCACCAGUUUCACACUCUCCGUCGCGAGGACCUCUUCCGAAAUCCUCCCAAGGACCACACCGCCUAUCCCGCUCUCCAAUUAGCCGUGGAUCCCCACAUCGAGUCUUUCAAUGGCCUCUUCCGGAACGAUGGCAAGCCUGGUCUGGUGGCCCAUGGUCUCGCCGACAUUGGCACCAAGACAUAUCUGGAUGGCGAUGAUAGGUCCAGCCCCGAGGGCAGGAACCGCCUCUCUAUCCGGUUCAAGGAUGUAACCCUUCAGAAGGCCCAGGUCCCGCCCUCCAACAAGAUGGCACGCAACCGCCAGAUUUUCCCUGCCGAGUGCAGGGAACGCCAUGUGACCUACAGAGGUCGACUUUCGGCUACCUUUGAGUACCAGAUCAACGGCGGUGAUCCUGUCGAGUUUGUCCGAGAAUUGGGUCAGGUGCCCAUCAUGAUCAAGUCAAACAGAUGCCACCUCGAAAACAAUUCGCCUGCGCUCUUGGUUGAGCGAAAAGAAGAGUCGGAGGAGCUCGGCGGCUACUUCGUUGUCAACGGUAUCGAGAAGAUCAUCCGAAUGUUGCAAUUAAACAAGCGAAACUUCCCCAUGGCCAUCAACCGACCCAGUUUCCAAAACCGUGGCCCUGGAUACACCCCUUACGGUAUCAUUCUUCGAGCCGUCCGACCUGAUGAGACAUCUCAGACCAACGUUCUCCACUAUCUCAACGACGGAAACAUGACCUUCCGUUUCUCCUGGCGCAAGAACGAGUACCUCAUCCCAGUCAUGAUGAUUCUAAAGGCCCUCGUCGAGACCAACGAUCGAGAGAUUUUCGAGGGAUUGAUCGGCCCGGCCGGCUCCAAGUCGACCGAAAACACUUUCUUGACUGAUCGAGUUGAGCUCCUUCUGAGGACUUACAAGUCUUACAACCUCUAUAGCAAGUCGCAGACCCGCGCAUACCUCGGUGAGAAGUUCCGAGUGGUGCUGGGAGUUCCAGAGACCAUGUCCAACCUCGAAGUCGGUACCGAAUUCCUGCGGAAAAUUGUACUGGUUCACCUUGGAAACAUCGACGUGACUGAGGAGCAGGACGCCGAAAAGUUCAAGACUCUCCUCUUCAUGAUCCGAAAGUUGUAUGCCCUUGUUGCUGGGGAAUGCGCUGUUGACAAUCCCGAUGCCGUUCAAAAUCAGGAGAUUUUGUUGGGCGGAUUCCUCUAUGGUCAGAUUCUCAAGGAGCGACUCGACGAGUUCUUGAGCGUCAAUGUUCGUGCCUCGCUUCGAGACUUCUUCCGAAGAUACCCAACUGUUCCAAUGACCUCAGAAGACUUCCGUAAGGACUUCCCCAACACAAUCUUCCGGAAGGCCAACGAAAACCUCGGGAACGCCCUGGAAUACUUCCUGUCCACCGGUAACCUUCAGAGCGCGUCCGGCUUGGACCUGCAGCAGACGGCCGGUUUUACAGUUGUUGCAGAGAAGCUCAACUUCCUUCGAUUUAUCAGUCAUUUCCGCAUGGUGCAUCGAGGUGCCUUCUUCGCUCAACUCAAGACUACUGCUGUGCGAAAGCUGCUCCCCGAGUCUUGGGGUUUCAUGUGUCCCGUUCAUACCCCCGAUGGUUCUCCCUGUGGUCUCUUGAACCAUCUGGCCCACAAGUGCAAGAUCAUGACAGACUCAGUCGACGUCUCUCAUCUCCCUGCCCUGGCCGCUGAGCUUGGUCUAGUUGAGACAUCCUCAGCCUCGACCGAGGAGAGCGUGGUGGUGAUGCUUGAUGGCAAGAUCCUUGGUUGGUCUACCCCGAAGGAGUCUCUGAGAAUCGCAGAUUGCUUCCGGUAUUGGAAGGUUGAGGGCACCCACGGUGUUCCUUUGCAUUUGGAAAUUGGAUAUGUGCCUCCAUCCCAUGGUGGCUCCUACCCUGGUAUUUACAUGACUUCCACUCCAUCACGAAUGGUGCGACCAGUCAAGUAUCUCCCUCUGCAGAAGGAGGAUUUUGUCGGCCCCUACGAGCAGCCGUACAUGACCAUCGCCGUCGUCCCUCAGGAGAUCGAAUCUGGCAGAUCCACCCACGUCGAGUUCGAUCCGACCAACAUGCUGUCUAUUCUCGCCAACAUGACCCCCUUCUCCGAUUUCAACCAGUCUCCCCGAAACAUGUACCAGUGUCAGAUGGGUAAACAAACCAUGGGAACGCCGGGCACCGCGAUCCGCCACCGUACCGAUAACAAGAGCUACCGAAUUCAGACUGGCCAAACCCCGGUCGUCCGAGCACCUCUACACAACACCUAUGGUUUCGACAACUUCCCCAACGGUAUGAAUGCCGUCGUUGCUGUCAUUUCUUACACCGGUUACGACAUGGAUGACGCCAUGAUUAUCAACAAGAGUGCUCACGAACGUGGCUUCGGUUACGGUACCAUCUAUAAGACCAAGAAGAUCUCACUCAAGGAUGACUCGAGAACCAAGGCGAGUAAGAGCGUAACCAAGGCCUUUGGUUUCGCCCCGCACAGCUACGUCAGCGCGAACUACCAGGGAAUGCUCGAUGAUGACGGUCUGCCACACGUUGGCCGUAUGGUCCAGGAGGGAGAUGUCAUUUGCGCCUGGCACACGGUCACGCCCGACUACAACGGCAAGAUGGUCAACCUGGACGGCCUUACCCACUAUGAGAAGUACAAGGACUCGGAGACUGGCUUUGUGGAGGAGGUACGAUUGAUUGGAGCGGAGACGGGCAAUGAGCCACUGCAAACAAUCUCUGUCAAGUUCCGUGUUCCCCGAUCACCCAUCAUCGGUGACAAGUUUUCAUCUCGUCACGGACAGAAGGGUGUCGCUUCGCAGAAAUGGCCGACGACCGAUCUUCCCUUUUCCGAGUCGGGAAUGCAACCAGAUAUUAUCAUCAAUCCCCACGCUUUCCCUUCCCGUAUGACGAUAGGCAUGUUUGUGGAGUCUUUGGCGGGCAAGGCUGGCGCCCUGCACGGCCUUGCCCAGGACUCGACACCCUUCAGGUUUGACGAGGAGAACACUGCGGCCGACUACUUUGGUCACCAGCUGAUGAAGGCUGGCUACAACUACCACGGCAACGAGCCCAUGUACUCGGGCAUCACAGGAGAGGAGCUGGCUGCUGACAUCUACAUCGGUGUGGUCUACUACCAGCGACUGCGACACAUGGUCAACGACAAGUACCAGGUGCGAACGACAGGUCCCGUAGUACCAACCACAGGACAACCCAUCAAGGGCCGAAAGAGAGGUGGUGGUAUUCGUGUGGGAGAAAUGGAGCGUGAUGCGCUGCUGGCCCACGGAACGGCUUUCUUGCUGCAGGAUCGUCUUCUCAACUGCUCCGAUUAUUCCAAGUCUUGGAUUUGCCGUCGCUGUGGCUCAUUCCUCUCUGUGCAGCCGACGGUGUCGCAGUUUGCGCCGGGUAAGAAGAAGGCACCAAGCAUCGUGCGAUGCCGAAACUGUGCCAUCAAGCUGGAUGAUACGGAGGGGAUUGACCUCACAGAGAUCCAGGGUGAGAUCUGGGAAGAUGGCCAAGGCAACUCAUGGGUCGGCGGCGACCAGACCACCAUGGUGGUGGUCCCCGGAGCUCUUCGAUACCUGGACGUGGAGCUCGCAGCGAUGGGUGUCAAACUCAAGUACAAGGUGGACCGCGGGGACGAGCCUCGGAAGGGCCCGAUGAGGCCAAUGGCAUUGGACGGCGUUCGGGUUGGAAAAUAA